AUGCUAGAACUGAUGGAAAAGCCAUCCUCGUCAGUGAAUGAUUAUCCAGAAAGAACCUUAACUUUGAUGAAUUGUAGCAAGAUCUGGCCUCUUGAUGGCCCUUCCCCAUUCGUGACGCUUGAGUUGAACGACAUGUGUGAAAGCUGGGCUCCGCGGAACAAGGACAAUGUGCAUCAACAGCUGACAUCGUUGUUUCGUUACAUUCUGAUGCGCGUCACCGUGAAGCCGGAGGCAAUCCAGAAGUAUGCAGCAAGAGUGGACGGGACAAGUGGCAGAAAUGGGAGCUUGGAAACUUUGCCUGAAGAAGUGGAAGAAAGGCUCAAAGACUUCGCUGAAGACAUGCUCGGCCUCGGCCAUGACGAACUGUUCCCAGGAAGAGUUAAGGACCUCAAAGAAACUGAGUUCUUCAAGAGUCUCGGUUCGACUGAGAAAGAGAGAUGCGAGUAUCUAAAAGACCUUACUCGUGAGCGUCGAGAGUGGAGACCCAUCUACUUCAGAUGUCUACAACUAGCAUUGCGCGACGUGAGAGCCUACAAGUAUGACACGGCCACAAAAAAAUGGAUAAAACACAACCGACAAUCGAAAAGAUCGGGCGCUGAUCUGGAAGAGGGAGAUGCCCCACCUACCAGAAGGAGAACGGACAAAAAUGAUUAUUACGAGGCUGAAACAUUGUGA